AUGGCUUUGCCGAUGAAGACCGCCAUGAAGAAGGCCAUGAAGUGCAGCGCCAUGAAGUCUAGCGCCAUGAAGUCCAAGAAUUCGGCAAUGAAGGCCAUGAAGAAGAAGGCUGUGUCGAAGAUCGCAACAGGCAAGCGCGCGAAGUAUGUCGUCUUCCGCGGAACCAAGGAGAAGACAUCCGGCGGCCUCGCGAAGACUCAGUUGAUGAAGAACAAGCGGGGCAAGAUUGUCAGCAAGAAGAUGCAUGCCAAGGGCAAGGCAAUCCAGAAGUUCGCACAGCGCUGGCUUGACUCCGUGAUGACGGCACGUAAGGAGCUAGGAAUCAAGGGCUUUUGCGCAGUGGGAGGCAAGAGCGCUCAGGGCAAAGCACUUUAUGCCAAGGCGAAGGCGCUUUAUGCGGCCUGA